GAAUAUCUAAAAUUAUUCUUUCCAAAAAUAUUGUAAAUAUGACUGAUAUUUUCUAAGGAGUGGAAGGAAGCUGCCCUGCAUCCCACCCUCUUCCACAUGAAAUCCAAGUGAGAACUCACAAACUCCUCCUUGACCUUCUCUCCAUUCGCUCCUUUUUUUUCCUUCUCAACCUACAAAAGGUUACGUGUAAAGAGGGCGAGAGCGAGAGAGAGAGAGAGAGAGAGAGAGAGAGAGAGAGAGAGAGAGAGAGAGAGAGAGAGAGAGCAAUCAGCAAUCACUCCUUAUAUUCGAUCCCUUUCUCAAAGUACAACCCCAAAAUCUCUCCCAACUCAUCACCGCCUAUAAAAUAAAAAAAUUGCAGAGAGAGAGAGAGGGAGAGAUGGGAGGAGACGAAGGAAAAACAAUGGUGGAGAAGGCAGUGAACAGCCUGGGAAAAGGAUUUGACUUCACGUCGGAUUUCCGGCUGGAUUUCUGCAAGGGAAACCACAGAUUAGUGCUCCUCAACGAGUCGAAAAAAAAAGAGCUCCUCGUACCCAAUUUCGGAGCCUUCAAGGAUGUCUCCGUCGACAUCAAAUGCGACAGAGGCGAGCGAACCCGCUACCGAUCCGACGUUCUCCAAUUCAAUCAGAUGUCGGAAUUCUUCAACGGGAAAAGCUCGGUGGGAGGGAAGAUACCGUCGGGGGAGUUCAACGCGAUGUUUGGAUUCGAGAGCGGGUCGUGGGCGGAGGACGCCGCCAACACCAGCUGCCUGGCUCUCGACGGCUACUUCAUCACCCUCUUCAACCUCCACCUCGACCGUUACCCCCUCGCCCUCUCCCAGGAAGUCCGCGACGCGGUCCCCUCCACUUGGGACCCAUGCGGUCUGGCCAGAUUUAUCAAGACAUAUGGGACGCACAUCAUCAUAGGCUUAAGCAUGGGAGGUCGAGAUAUUGUGCUAGUUAGACAAGAGAAGUCUUCUAACUUGGAGUCAUCAGAGAUCAAGAAACACUUGGAAGACCUUGGAGAUCAACUAUUUAAUGGAACAUGCACCUACUCCCCGCAUCAUUGCAAAACAAAAGAACAAAAGCGCAAGGCACCACAAGCUUUUAAUGUCUUCAACCCACAACUUGGCAUCAUCAAUACUUAUUCAUCAAUCACGGCCAAAGAUGGGAUUAUUGUCAUAUGCUCUAGGAGGGGAGGAGAUGUAUCAGCUAACAGUCACUAUGAAUGGCUUCUUACAGUCCCUUCAAUGCCAGAUGCAAUUCGUUUCAACUUCAUUCCCAUUACCUCUCUUCUUAAACGUGUUCCGGGCAUAGGUUUUUUAUCACAUGCCAUCAACCUCUAUCUUCGAUACAAGCCUCCCGUAGCAGAUUUGCAGUAUUUUCUGGACUUCCAAGCACACAAGAUUUGGGCUCCUAUUCACAAUGACCUCCCCUUGGGGCCCCUCAGAAACAAGGCCAUUCCAACACCAGCCCUCCACUUCAACUUGAUGGGCCCUAAACUGUAUGUAAAUACUACCCAGGUUAAGGUUGGGAAGAGACCCGUCACAGGGAUGCGGCUGUACCUCGAGGGCAUGAAAUGCAAUAGGCUAGCCAUCCACCUCCAACAUCUAUCGAACACCCCCCUCAUGCUCCAAAACAGAAUAGAGGACGUCCCAAUCUGGCGUUCGUCGGAACACAUCGCCGACGACCGAUACUUCGAACCCAUCCAACGCAAAAACUUCUCUCACAUUUGCACGGCCCCGGUCAAGUACGACCCCACGUGGGCAGCCGCCGGCGAAUCAACUGCCUUCAUCAUUACCGGAGCCCAGCUCUACGUGAAAAAGCACGCGUCCAAGAGCGUCCUCCACCUCCGGCUCUUGUUCUCCAAGGCCACCGAUUCUUCGGUGGUUCAGUCUCGGUGGGCGCAGGGCUCGUCGGACUUUUCUCAGCGGUCGGGCUUUUUCUCGACGCUUAGUACGUCCAUUACCGGCGGCGGCUCGGAGAAGGAGAAGCCGCAGACAGUGGUGGUGGACUCCGGCGUGUUUCCGACUGGGCCGCCGGUGCAGGUGCAGGCGCAGACGCAGAAGCUUCUCAAGGUGGUGGAUAUGUCUCAGUUGUGUAAAGGUCCGCAGGACGGUCCGGGGCAUUGGUUGGUGACGGGGGCGAGGAUGGAAUUGGAGAAAGGGAAGAUUUGCCUGCACGUUAAGUUCUCAUUAUUGAGUGUGUGCUCUGAGAGAUCAGAGGAGGCGGCUACGUAAAUUAAAAAUUCCCUUAAGGAUGCAUGCAUUAAUUUCAUCUCAAGUCAGAAAAAUGCACGUAAACAUGCAAGAAAAUAAUAAAGAACUUAGAAGAGAAUGAGCAAGGGAGAUGUUUCAAAUGGCCAUUUUUCUGAUUUGGUGUGAAAUGAUAUGCAUUUUACCGCGGCUAGCUUCUAGUAUCAGAUAUAAGAAUCCUUAUGUACAAAAGAAAAAAGACAGGGAAAAUCCUCGUCAAAUGAAUUGUCAAGACUCAAGAGCCAACACAAAGACCUCAAGGAAGGCCAAAAGUUUUGGAUUAUUCAUUUUUUCACUUUAAA